AUGGAAUCAGUCACCCAAUUACCAGAGCACGUCACCAAGUUGCUCAAGUCCAAGCGAUACGUCCACUUGGCCACGUGCAACGCCAACAUCCCCCAUGCAUCCUUGAUGAACUACACUUUCUACUCCAAAAACGACAAGCCUUACAUAAUCAUCAGCACACCCAGAGAUACGACGAAAUACCGCAACAUCGAGGCCAAUGAAAACGUGUCACUUUUGAUUCACGACUGGGUCGCCGGAGAUGAGGAGGCGGCGCCGCCUUCAGGAAGAAGAAACUCGUUGUACGAGCUUUUGGCCAACAUGAACAAGGCGGAGAUACGCAGUGUGUCUGUCAUGCUUAACGGGAGGGCCCAAAUUGUCGAUCCAAAGACGGAGGAGGCCGACCACAAGUUUUACAAGUCGUUGCAUUUGAACAAUGGCUUGGUGGACGACGCUCAGGCCGAGACGUUUAUUCUGAAUGAGUGCAACAGCAUUGUCUUGAUCACAGUGGACCUGUGUCAGAUCACGGACACGAACAACAAGGUCCAGACAUACGAACUUAGCUAA